CAUAUAUGUGGCUCCCUCAUGGUAUAACACACUGUGAGUUCACAGCUCAUCCCAUGUUUGUGCUGCAAAUUAACUUGGAACUAUCUCUACUCAAUGUGCAGCUUACAGCUGAGUUAAAAAAAGAAUGAUUAUAUCUUGAUGUGCCCUAAUACAGAAAUCUCCAAAAGAGGUUUUUGAAAGGAGAAUAGAGUGCAAACAACACACUCCCUCCAAUUAUGGAGUUCACAGUAACCCUAAAGAGCUAAUCCAAAAGAAUUGUGUCAUCCUAAGCAUGACGUAUGAUAAGAGCUAUCUACCAUCAAAACUAUGCCUUGAUUUAAUUCUGUGUUUGGGACAUCAUCCCUGGAGCAUUCUGCAUCUCUCUUAGCCUAGUACUACAGAGCUGCAUUAGCAGGUGCAGCCUUCUUUCAAUGGAGACUCAAAGGGUUAAUCCUUUGGAGUCAUUCCAGUAAGAUUUUCCUUGUUUCAUAGCAUCAGCCCUUUCAGACAGUUGUGGCAUCAUUUGUCAGUCUGCUCUGAAUCUCCGAGUUUCUAGUACCAGUUGACCCACUGUUUUUGUUAGGUACGUUGUGAGCCCAUCAUUUCAUCCGUCUGCAAACCCAGGAUUAGAAGUGGCUUUCACCCUGCUCAAAUGCUGACAUCUGAACUUGACUGCAUUGUAGCAGGCCUGUGCAUAUAUGUCCGUCCACAUUUGGCCUACGCAAUUCUGGGUCUAGCAUGGAGAGCAAGGUGGGAAAGAGGAAUCACAGCAUGGGCAGAGAGGUCAUUCUGCUGGGAAUUUCUGACCAGCGAGAGCUGCAGUGGCUCAUUUUUGUGGUGUUUUCCUUGGUCUAUGGUGUGACUGUGCUGGGAAACCUCACUAUAAUCACACUGGCCUCCUUGGACUCUCAACUGCACACCCCUAUGUACUUCUUCCUCAGCAACCUAGCCUUCUUGAACUUGUGCUAUGUUUCCAUUGUGGUCCCGAAAAUGCUGACUAACAUCCUGACAGGGAGCAAAAGCAUUUCCUAUGAGCUGUGUGCAGCACAGGUCUGCAUCACUUUGUUCCUGGGCUCCACUGAAUGCCUCAUCCUCAUGGUGAUGGCUUUUGACCGCUAUGUAGCCAUAUGCAACCCCCUGCACUACAAUACUGUCAUGGACAGGAGAGUGUGCAUCAACCUGGCAGCAGCAUCAUGGGCAAUUGGCACCCUGGCAACAGCCAUUCCUUCACCUUUCUUGUGGCCAGUGCUGUGUGGCCCCAAUGUCAUCAAUCAUUUCUUCUGUGAAACCCCAGCCCUGGUCAAGUUAUCCUGUGCGGACACCUCCAGCACAGAGAAAAUGAUGUUUAUAGGGGGUUUCUUCACCCUCAUGUUCCCUCUCUUCCUUGUCCUGAUUUCUUACAUUGGCAUCAUUCGGGCUAUACUGAAGAUUGGCUCUGCUGUGGGGCGCCAGAAAGCCUUCUCCACAUGCUCCUCUCACAUGACUGUGGUGACCAUAUUCUAUGGGACGGGGAUGUUCAUGUACAUGCAGCCCCAGGCACAGCACUCCCCAGACAAGGACAAGGUGGUUUCUGUCUUCUACGCUGUUCUCAACCCCAUGCUGAAUCCCCUUAUCUACAGUCUGCGCAACAAGGAGGUGAAGGGAGCCCUGGGCAGAGUGCUACAAAGGUACAAGGCCUUUACUGGGACAUAGAUGGGAGUCAGCUGUGAAAUCAGAUUCAACUGCGCCCCCUAUAAAACCUUGGGCGUAAGGAAAGGACAGGACAGCAGCAGUUAGUGUUGCUCUCACUGUAUGUUUGGGAGACAGUCCCUGCACAUAGUGCAGGGCGGGAUGCAGGAUUUCUGCAAUUCCACGUCAUCAAAGGGUCACCUGGCUCAAAGAGUUCAUUACUUGGAAUUAUUCCACUGUCUUGUAACAUCAGUCCUGUUAGGGUGCCGUGUCAGUCAGAUGUGAGUGCUGCAGUCCUAGAAUUAGCUGAUGGGCAUUUUGGUUGUGUUUAUAAGAAUCCCACACUUUUGGCCAGGAGAACCCUCCAGCAGGCACAGCAUAGCAUGCUGGUUGUCCCAGCUCAUCUGAAGUUGCAGGUGAGUUGGGACGCUUUCCAAAUCCCAUUUUGUAUCCCCCUCCGUCGUCUCUAUUGACUCACGCAACUGGAGUGCUUGGGACACAGCCUGUUGAAGCCACCAAAAUGUUAGUCCCAUGAGUCUAUUCUAGUCCUCACUAGCAACACCUCAGCAUGAGAGCGGGGAUUCCCUUAGAUCUCCUUUUUGUGCCUGCUGCUCUCUCUGAUGACUCUUGGGCCUUCCCAGCCCAGUAAUAGGUGCAGAUGUGGAGCCCCAUACUGUGAGGGACUGGACUCCUGCACCUCCCACUGAAUUCCCAGGCUGGGGACUGAAAAGUCAAAGGGACUGAACAUCAUAGCAGGAUACUUUUUUCCACUUGGAGCAGAGAAUUGGCUAAUAAAUAGAUGUGAGACUGCAGAAAUAGCGAGGGGCUUUGAGAAAAGCUGGGACUGCUCACGGUACCUGUGGGGGAGAUGGGUAGAGAACUAGACAGCUGUGCCUGUACAAUGUCCCUUUCUCUGUCUCCCCCUCUCUCUUUCUCUCUCUCUUACGAUCUGUUUUGUCCGUCUGACUGUUGCACAGAGGCUGUUAAAUCUCUGAUCUUGUCCAUCUUUUCCUUGGAGGAAAUAAAGUCUGGGUAGGAGCAGACACUUCUGAAAACUGUCCUGGUGGGAGAGAGUGGGCAGUGUCGUGGCAGGAGCUGCAAUUGAGAGGUAGCUCCAGAACAAACGUUGUCUGCAGAUGCAGGUGGUGGACACCCUUAAAGACACCGAUUCCUGCCAUGGAAGGUGUCUUGGAGAGAGGGUGUGAGAACCUUGAAUUGGGAUUAUUGUGGCAGUAGCAGGUUUUUCUCCUAGCACCUCUGCUCUGCUCACCAGGGCACUCCAAGGGAAGACAAGAUCCAACAGCCACAAACUCCUGGAAGACCAUUUUGAGCUGGACCUAAGGAACAACUUCUUUACUGUCUGAGUCCCCAGGGUCUGGACUAGACUCCCCUCCAGAUGUGGUGCAAACACCUGCUCUGGACACUUUCAAGAAACACUUGGAUUCUUGCUGGGAUCGUCUGACCUCAGAUGACUUCCUGCCCCUUGGGUGGGUGGCUGGACCAGGUGAACUUGCGAGGUCCCUUCCAGCCUUAAUAUCUAUGAAAUCAAUGAAAACCUGUGCCUACACCAUGCUGUAGGAAAAACCUCCCUCUUGCAUCAUGCAAGCUGGCUGUAGCAGAGCACCUCUGCUUUCAAGCAGCUUGACCGCAUACUUUUGGGUCUGCAAGAUGAGGUGAAGUGUCACAAGGCCUGGGCUGUGCCCUCCUGUACACGUCCCCGUGACCCUGCAGCUCCACCAUUUUUGGCUCCAUCUGGCAAAGCUCACAAGCUCUUGCUUCACCUCUCGCACAUGCUCUGUGGGGUCUGAUCUGAGAUGCACUAACGCUGCAGCUGCAAAAUGGUGCCCUUGUUGUGUCUGGGUGCAAAUGGCCUAUGAGCACAAUCCCUCUUUUUCGGCAUAGGCAAGGGUCCAAUCACAUUUCUCUUGCCCUCUCUUUUUGCACCCUGGUCUCCCAAUCUAAUAAAUGCAUUGUGUGUGCUCUGUGCACCUUAGUGUAUUUUUCUGUGCAUGUUUUCUCCAUUAAACUUGUUAUAGUGUU